ACAGUAUUUACGGGAGCACGCAGUCUGAUUUCAGUUGUGAAGACGUGUACUUUCCGAGCAGAUUUAUCCUAUAGACAGUCAGUUUACCUCUUAUAUUACUGAAAAUACUUCCUAUAUUUCAUUCGCGUUGUUAAGGGACAUUUGUUACCGUAAUGGCGACUGUGGAGGAGCUGAAGCUGCGCGUGAGGGAGCUGGAGAAUGAAUUAAUAAAGUGUAAGCAGAAACAGAGUGCCAUGGAUAAUGCUCACAACCAGGAGCAGCACAGACCCAAGAUUGACAAGAUGAGUUCAGAAGUGGUGGAUUCAAACCCAUACAGUCGUCUGAUGGCUUUGAAGAGGAUGGGCAUCGUGAAGGAUUAUGAGAAAAUCCGGACCUUCACAGUGGCAGUGGUUGGUGUCGGGGGGGUGGGCAGUGUGACAGCUGAAAUGCUCACUAGAUGUGGCAUCGGUAAGCUGAUCCUCUUUGACUACGAUAAAGUGGAGCUGGCCAACAUGAACAGACUGUUCUUCCAGCCUCACCAGGCCGGCCUCAGUAAGGUGGAAGCAGCAGAACACACACUCAGGAACAUCAACCCAGACGUGUCAUUCGAGACCCACAACUAUAAUAUCACCACCAUGGAUAAUUUUGCACAUUUCAUGGAGCGCAUCAGUUUUGGAGGGCUGGAAGAAGGGAAGCCGGUGGAUUUGAUCCUGAGCUGCGUGGACAACUUUGAGGCUAGAAUGGCGAUAAAUACAGCCUGCAAUGAACUGGGUCAGAUCUGGAUGGAGUCGGGGGUGAGUGAGAACGCCGUGUCGGGACACAUCCAGCUCAUCAUCCCUGGAGAGACGGCGUGUUUCGCUUGCGCCCCUCCUCUGAUUGUGGCCGCAAACAUCGAUGAGAAGACCCUAAAGAGAGAUGGUGUGUGUGCCGCCAGCUUACCCACAACCAUGGGUGUGGUCGCAGGCAUCCUGGUGCAAAAUGUCCUCAAGUAUCUGUUGAAGUUUGGGACCGUCAGUCAUUAUCUCGGCUACAACGCCAUGAAGGACUUCUUCCCCACCAUGGCCAUGAAAGCCAACCCUCAGUGUAACGACCGCUACUGCAGGAUACAACAGGAGGAGUACAAGAAGAAAGAAGCCGAGCGGCCUAAAGUUGAAGUUGUAGAGGAGGAAGAGGAGGAGAUCGUACACGAGGACAAUGACUGGGGCAUUGAAGUAGUGUCAGAGGUGACUGAUAUGGAGUUAGAGGCGGCAUCAGGCGUCGUGCCCCACCUCCCAGAAGGCAUCACUGUGGCGUACACCAUUCCAGCUGAGGUUAGUAUCAUGUGA